AUGGCAAACCCACCUCGUCUUCAGGUCUCUGGACUGCCUGCGCUGGGUGCCGAAGAAGCAGCAGCGACCACCUCACCAGCGAGAGGCGCAGAAAUGCUCAACUUCCUGCAAUCACGCCUAAACCAGAAGAACCGCGCUCCAGCGCUCGUCCACAGCUGGGACUUCUGGCACGACCGACAAGAGCGAUCCGCCGACUCACGCGAGGGCAACUACGAAGAUCGUCUCGAACCCCUCGCCCACAUCAGCGACGUCAAACAAUUUUGGAGCGUCUUCAACAACUUCGACAUCUCGCAGCUCCAGCUCCGCGACUCCGUCCAUCUAUUCCACAAGGGCGUCAAGCCAGUCUGGGAAGACCCUCGCAAUGAAAAGGGCGGCAGCUGGACAUUUCGCGUGCCGAAACACCAGGCCGCCGACUUCUGGAAAGAGAUAUGCAUGAUGGCAAUUGGCGAACAGCUCCAGGCGGCCGUGGAGGAUCCAGGGCGGAAGACUUUUCGUGAUGAUAUCUGCGGUGUGAGCCUGGGUGUGAGGUUCAACAGCAUGCUGGUGCAGAUAUGGAACCGAGACGGGGCACAUCAAGCCGGUAUUGAGAGGAUACUGCAGACGAUUUCCGAGGGCAUUUCUGAGGAACUGAAGCCGAGGGAUGGAAGCUAUUACUACAAGAAGCACAGCGAACAUGCCGGAUUCGGCGGAGAUUCUGUGGCUCAAGAUUCACAGUCGCCUGCCAGCUAG